AUGGCGAACCAAAAGAUGUUGGAAGAUGCCAGGCAAUGCUUGCUGGCACGUGGACAUGAUGGUCACCUCCUGGUUCAAAGCAACGUGGAGGAUGUGGCCGUGACCUUACGUGAGAUGGCAGAAGGCAACGGCUGGGAGGCGGUGACGGAUGGAUCGUUUGGGCCGGAGCAGCAGGAACUGCAGGCCUCGCAGUGGCAGCCCCGUCGCCAACAGCACUUUGCCGCCACGGAUGGCCGGCGAGCCUUUGGCCCCGGCUGGCUGGUGUCUUCGCCACUUCCCAGGCUUGCAAGGACGGAGACAGAGGCCUACUACACUGGUGAAUCUCUGCCCAUCCACCGCGUUGCACUACGGCCGAAAAAAUCACUGUCGCGGAGUGCUGCUGCCUGGGCAGCAGCCCUCAACAUCUCGCCCCAUGACAUCUUGCCGGAGGAGCUGACCACGCUUCAAGCCUACCAGGUGGCAUUGAUCACCGUUGAAGAGGAGCGACUUGUGAAGCUGCGCCAGAAUAGGGUGGCUGACAUGAAGACGCGAAAAAUGUCGAUGCUCGUUGAAGAUGACUAUACCGAAGUCGCGCGAGUACGUCAAGAUCUUCAGCUAACGAAGGAGCUGAACCAGUUGAAUCCGCACUGGCCAGAAGCCGUCGACAUGACGUACUUGUCCCCAGAAGAGUGUGCUUCUCUUCUCAUUCGCCAGGUGAAGGAAGGAAAGAAAGCUGCAGCACUGCGGCUUCCAAGAACCAAAUCGACAGGAUGCAUCCUGAUCGAGGGUGCCUUCAAAAAGGCAGCUGAUAGCAGGAUGAUCCCAGGAUCAGGGAGAUCAGCCUUGGAAUGCGUGGGAGGCUCACAGGUGCGGCCUCGGCAUGGGCCCUUAUUGGUCAACGAGCUGGACCACUGGGGCGCCAGCGCCCUCCACCACAGCGCACGGCAGGGCCACGAGGCAGUUUUAAAGCUUCUGGUUCACCAUCAGGCCGACAUCAGCGCUAUGACCAGCCGGAUGCAGACACCUGCGGAUUUGGCCAGAAAACAUGGCCAUCCCUCUCUGGCAGCCAUUUUGGAGCAGGAAGUCCUGCAGCAUGCGGAGGUCAGCAAGAAGCAGAAGAAGGGAGCGUGUUGGACCUGGUUCACAAGCUUUGGCGCCGUUGCUGUGGUGCUGUUUGCCAGUAGAUUCAUACAUUGUAAUUCAGAAACCGUGUUUUAA